CAGAUACUGCUUCCUUCGUCUCAAACAAUGGAGAAUCUCAUCGCCACUUACCAAGACGACGACGAAGAAGAAAACACCGCCGCCGUCGAAUCUCCACCGUCCGCCGCCGAAGCUCCACUAAUCCCCGUAGAAGCUUCACCAUCCUACGCUGAAGCUCCACUAUCCUCCGCCGAAGCUCCACCUUCAGUUGUCGAAAAUGGCAGUGCGAAUACUCCAGAACCCGAACCCGAAUUACCUUCCACCGACCCGAAAAUCCCCCUGAAAGAAGAAGACGACGACGACGACGAUGAUGACGUGGAUGAAGAUGAAGAAGAAGAGCCACCACCGAAGAAGCAAAAGCCACUUUCCACUUUAACCCUAACACCGCCAAAAGUAGAAGAAGAGGAACAACAAAAUGGUGAAAUGACCAAAUUGCCCUUGUCAACACCCAUAAUUACAGCAGCAGCAAAGGAAACUCCGACCUCCACAAGCAGCAAGAAAGCAAAAUACAAGAAGAAAAACAACAACAACAACAACCUCUGGACAAAACCCAGUUCACGUAAAGGCAAAAAAAAGAAGCAAAACAACAACAACAACAACAGCAGCAACACAAAAACCAACAAGAACGGCGCCGUUUCAGCACAAGAAGCUGAAGACAAAGUUUACAUUACACCUAUCCCAAGAUUCCCUGACAAAAAUGACGACAGCCCAGAUAUGAAAAUCUGCCUUUCAAAAGUUUACAAAGCAGAAAAAGUGGACAUAAGUGAAGAUAGAUUAACUGCAGGGAGUAUUAAAGGUUACAGAAUGGUGAGAGCAACAAGAGGGGUAUUAGAAGGAGCAUGGUAUUUUGAGAUUAAGGUAAUGAAAUUAGGUGAAAGUGGGCAUACAAGACUUGGGUGGUCCACUGAUAAAGGGGAUUUACAAGCACCUGUUGGAUAUGAUGGGAAUAGUUUUGGAUAUAGAGAUAUUGAUGGUAGCAAGAUUCAUAAAGCUUUAAGGGAGAAAUAUGGGGAACAAGGGUAUGGUGAAGGUGAUAUUAUUGGUUUUUAUAUUAAUUUGCCUGAAGGUAGUCAGUAUGCCCCGAAACCGCCGAGACUUGUUUGGUAUAAGGGACAGAGGUAUAUGUGUGCUUCUGAUCCUAAGGAAGAUCCUCCCAAAAUAAUUCCAGGGAGUGAGAUAUCUUUCUUUAAAAAUGGAGUAUGUCAAGGUGUUGCUUUCAAGGAUCUUUAUGGUGGUCGUUACUACCCUGCUGCUUCAAUGUAUACACUUCCUGACCAACCUAAUUGCGUUGUGAAGUUCAAUUUUGGCCCUGACUUUGAAUGCUUUCCUGAAGAUUUUGGUGGGCGCGCUGUUCCGAGACCGAUGGUUGAAGUUCCUUAUCAUGGCUUUGAUGGAAGAGUCGAGAAUGGUGAUUCAUGGCAUUCAACUAGGAUGUGCCCUAUGCUCAAAGUGGUAAAAGAGCACGUAAAUAAAAUUGGUGAAGCUGCUGAAAUGGUCAGCUAAGCUUGAGCAGUGCACUCAGGUUGGUUAUGUUUCAGCUUUUGUAAAUAGAAUGUAGAAUGCUACUUGGCGUGGUCUCAUAGUUGUUCCAACUUUUGUAAGUGGUAGACUGUUGAGUGCUGGAGAAUGGGUGAUCAAUUUCAUUUGGGUAGCCUGUUGUACAGUUUCUAUUGUGUUGUUGUCUUCUUGUAGUUGGUUGAGACCCUGAUUCUAGUCUUUAUUAGCUCUUUCUGUUAGAGAAAUGUGCUGUCUGAUGGAAGAAAUUUCUGGUUGAUGAAUUUAGCGGUUAGUCCGUGAGAUUGUUGCUUGACCCUCAUGUACUUGUCAUUCAAAUUUAUAUGCUACAUUAAAUUUGGUGUUGUUCA